AGAACAAUACACGUAUAUCUGGAUAAAUGAAUUAUGUGGGGCUUUGUGUAAAUACGCAGUUGCAAUUCCCUCAGAAAGUGCUGCUCCGAGCGAUAUCAUUUGGACUAAACGCCGCAGACACAAACAAAGUAGUUUUCAAUUAUUCCUUAGCCUUUAACUCGACAAAACUAGUGUGAGAGUGUGGGGUGAAGCUAGUUCCGCUGGCCGCCGUGCCCACAGCAGCGCAGACGCGCCCAGCAUGGAGGCCGCGAUGAAGCCGCGGCCACUGAGAGCUGACUUGGCGGGAGCUAUAGCAGAGAAGCCCCGGUACAGCUGGAGGGUUUGCAAGGGACAGAGAAGCCGGGAAGAGCCGCUCGGCGCCGGCAGAGGGAAAGGGGGAGGGUGGGUGUGGAAGUCCGCUCCGUGUUUUGCUCUUGCUCCCUCCCUCCUUCCUUUCCCCCUCCUCCGCCGCUUUGCUCCUGAACUCCAGCCCCCUCUCUAUCAGCCUCUCACUCCGUCUCAAUAUGUCUCAAGAUGGCGGCCAAUGCGGGAUCGAUGUUUCAAUAUUGGAAGCGCUUUGAUUUACAGCAGCUGCAGAGAGAACUUGACACAACAGCAACAGUAUUGGCAAACAGACAAGAUGAAAGUGAGCAAUCCAGAAAAAAACUUAUUGAUCAAAGUCGAGAAUUUAAGAAAAACACUCCAGAGGACUUGCGCAAACAGGUAGCUCCGUUAUUAAAGAGUUUCCAAGCAGAGAUUGAUGCAUUAAGUAAAAGAAGCAAAGAAGCAGAGGCUGCCUUCCUGAACGUUUAUAAAAGAUUAAUUGAUGUCCCAGAUCCAGUACCCGCUUUGGAUCUGGGACAGCAACUCCAGCUGAAAGUUCAACGUAUGCAUGAUAUAGAGACAGAGAAUCAGAAGCUCCGAGAAACAUUAGAUGAAUAUAACAAAGAGUUUGCUGAAGUAAAAAAUCAAGAGGUUACAAUAAAAGCACUUAAAGAGAAAAUCCGGGAAUAUGAACAGACCCUGAAGAACCAAGCGGAAAAUCUAGCUCUUGAGAAAGAACAAAAGUUGCAAAAUGACUUUGCUGAAAAGGAGAGAAAGUUGCAAGAGACACAAAUGUUCACGUCUUCCAAGCUUGAAGAAACUGAACAGAAAGUUCAAUUUCUGCAGACAGCCUUGGACAAGUCUCAGGCAGCUUUAUUUGACCUGAAAGCAAAAUAUGAUGAAGAUACAUCAGCAAAGGCAGAUGAGAUUGAGAUGAUCAUGACUGACCUUGAAAGAGCAAAUCAGAGAGCAGAGGUGGCUCAGAGAGAGGCAGAGGCCUUGAAGGAGCAGCUUGCAACACUUAACAAAUCUCUCCAGCAUGUUUCCCAGUCACAGAAAGCACCUGAUACGGAGCAGUCAACAGAAGCAGUGUCUCACUCUAGCAUGGAGGUUGAACUUACCGCAAAAGAGCGAGAAAUUGCUCAGUUGGUGGAAGAUGUGCAAAGGUUACAGGCCAGUCUUACUAAGCUUCGUGAGAACUCUGCCACUCAGAUCUCUCAGCUUGAACAGCAGCUAAAUACCAAGAACAGCAGUCUCAAACAACUUGAAGAAAAACUGAAGGUUCAGGCUGACUAUGAAGAAAUUAAAAAGGAGCUUAAUAUCCUGAAAUCCAUGGAGUUUGCCCCUUCAGAAGGAUCUGGUGUGCAGGAUGCCUCAAAGCCACUGGAAGUGCUGCUACUGGAGAAGAACCGUUCUUUGCAGUCAGAAAAUGCCACAUUGCGCAUCACAAACAGCGAGCUGAGUGGGUCAGCCAGGAGAAAAGGGAAAGACCAGCCUGAGAUUCAGCGUCCUGCAACCUUGCCAGCCUCCCCUCCCUCUCAGUUGCUCCGCAAUGCAGGGGAGCAGGCUUCCAAUACUAAUGGUACACACCAGUUUUCACCAACGGGUUUAAACCAAGACUUUUUCAGCUCAUCCAUUGCAAGCCCUUCUUUACCCCUGGCCUCCACGGGAAAAUUUGCACUAAAUUCACUUCUCCAGCGACAGCUCAUGCAGUCCUUCUACUCCAAGGCAAUGCAGGAAGCAGGAAGCACAAGCAUGAUUUUUUCAGCAGGUCCCUUCAGCACAAACUCCAUAUCUUCCCAAAGUCCAUUACAACAGCCAAGCCCUGAUGUUAAUGGUAUGGCUCCUUCUCCCAGCCAAUCAGAGAGUGCUGGCAGUGUCUCAGAGGGUGAAGAUAUAGACACUGCGGAAAUUGCACGCCAAGUGAAAGAGCAGUUGAUCAAGCACAAUAUUGGACAGCGUAUUUUUGGACAUUAUGUCCUGGGACUGUCACAGGGUUCUGUGAGUGAGAUACUGGCAAGGCCCAAGCCAUGGAAUAAACUGACUGUACGAGGAAAAGAACCUUUCCACAAGAUGAAACAGUUUCUUUCCGAUGAGCAGAAUAUCCUUGCACUGCGCAGCAUACAAGGCCGACAAAGAGAAAAUCCAGGCCAGAACCUGAACAGACUAUUUCAGGAAGUACCGAAAAGAAGAAAUGGGUCAGAAGGAAAUAUUACCACCAGAAUUCGAAGCUCAGAGACUGGUUCAGAUGAUGCUAUUAAGUCUAUUCUAGAACAAGCCAAAAGAGAGUUGCAGGUGCAGAAAACCGCUGAGCCGGCUCAGCCCACUUCAGCAUCCAAUAGUGGUAAUUCUGAUGAUGCUAUCCGGUCCAUUCUUCAGCAAGCAAGGCGUGAAAUGGAAGCACAGCAGGCUGUCUUUGAACCUGUCUUAAAAUCUGCAUCAUUAUCUCAAGCAGAUCUUACCAUCAUUUCUCCCAAACUUAUCCCCACAUCUGCAGUUUCUUCACUUUCUAGUUACUCCCCUGUUACUUUGUCCUUAAAAAAACAUACAUCUGUCUUGGACUCUGGUAUUUCAACUUUGCAAAACCUUUCCGGUGUAAAAAAAGAGUCCCAAGAGACACCAGUAUUAGAUCUCCAUAGCAUCGCAGAUUCAACUCAUGGCAUGAUCCGGCAUGUGAAAAGUGAGCUAGGACGGAGUAGUGUUUGGAAAGACCAUUGGUGGAAUACUGUUCAGCAUGACAGGAGAAACGCAGUGUCAUCUGAGGAUACAAAGACUGAGGAAACUGUUUGUGGGAAAGAGAAGCUAUCCACACAAAACAGAACGGAGAGAAAUCAGCUUCAGGGGCCUUCGUCUUCUGAGUACUGGAAAGAGUGGCCCAAUGCCGAGUCUCCAUAUUCUCAGAGCUCAGAAAUUAGCAUGACUGGAGCUAGCCGAAGUGAAACACCGCAGAACAGCCCCCUGCCAUCCUCUCCAGUUGUGUCCAUGUCCAAACCAACCAAACCAUCUGUCCCUCCUCUAACCCCUGAGCAAUACGAGAUGUACAUGUACCAAGAGGUGGACACUAUUGAGCUGACACGCCAAGUAAAAGAGAAGCUAGCAAAAAAUGGAAUUUGCCAAAGGAUAUUUGGGGAAAAGGUAUUGGGUUUGUCACAGGGAAGUGUCAGUGAUAUGCUGUCAAGACCAAAACCUUGGAGUAAACUGACUCAGAAAGGCCGAGAACCAUUUAUUAGAAUGCAGCUUUGGCUGAAUGGGGAACUUGGCCAGAGUGUAUUGCAUUCACAAGGACAGCAGCAAGGACAAGCUCUUCAAUCUGCAACAGCUCAGCAGGAUUCUCUACAAGAAGGGUUUCCAAGUUCAGAGAGCACUCCAAAGACCUCAGCUAGCUGCAGUCCCGCUCCAGAAUCACCAAUGAGUUCCAGUGAGUCCAUUAAGAGCCUUACAGAGUUGGUCCAGCAGCCUUGCCCUACAAUUGAUACCAGCAAAGAAGGUGAAACACAGGAGUCUAGUGAAACCACUUGUGACUCUCAGCCUCCCACACCGCUCCCGUUCCCUGGCCAUUCUGCACUGAGCAUACAGGAGCUUGUAGCGAUGUCUCCUGAACUUGACACUUAUGGAAUCACCAAGCGUGUGAAAGAAGUUUUGACAGAUAAUAAUUUAGGGCAACGUCUCUUUGGUGAAAGCAUUCUGGGGCUUACUCAAGGGUCAGUUUCUGAUUUACUGGCUCGCCCGAAACCUUGGCACAAACUGAGCUUAAAGGGAAGAGAGCCAUUUGUUCGUAUGCAGCUGUGGCUCAAUGAUCCAAAUAAUGUAGAUAAACUCAUGGAUAUGAAACGAAUGGAAAAGAAAGCUUACAUGAAACGAAGACACAGCUCAGUGAGUGAUAGCCAGCCCUGUGAGCCCCUCUCAUCUGGCAUAGACUACAGCCAAGGAGCAAGUCCACAACCCCAGCAUCAUCUAAAGAAACCCAGAGUUGUGUUAGCACCAGAAGAGAAGGAAGCUCUGAAAAGGGCUUACCAGCAAAAGCCAUACCCUUCACCUAAAACCAUUGAAGAACUUGCUACCCAGCUUAACUUAAAAACCAGCACUGUCAUUAAUUGGUUCCAUAAUUAUAGAUCUCGAAUACGGAGAGAAUUAUUUAUUGAGGAGAUUCAAGCAGGCAGCCAUGGACAGAUUGGUUCUAGUGAUUCCCCAUCAGCCACAAGCAGCAGGGCCGCACACAGCUCUGAGGGAGACAGCUGUGAUGGUGUCGAUAUGGAAAGCACAAGUGAGGGGAAGCACGGAGCUGCCCUUGAUCCAGAUGAGUACAGCAGUGUAAGCAUGAAGUCUCAGGGAGGACAGACUGAUUCCGCUUUUGAAGAGAGCGAAGAUGCCAGAUCUACUGAGAUAACAGGAUCCACCCGCCCAAGAGCUGAAAGCCCAGACAACACAGAUGAUGAAGGCCAAAAGAUGCUGCUGGGUCAGAGUUCCCUUUCUGGAUCAAACUGUUCUGGGGAAGGACUGAGUACAGCAAAAUCUGCUACUGAAAAGCUUUCCUCUACCUCAGCUGCCUCAGGCACAGUCUCUGCAAAGGAGAGUACCCACAGAUCAGAAUCGGAGAAGCUAUCGAGCGUGCCAAGUACGAGUUCACAAAAAGGAAAUUCUAUUCAAAGCUUAUUUAGCUUUUCUGAGACAUCAAGUUCCAAAAACACACGGGACAACACUUUGAGAAAAAAGAAAGCUGCAAAUUUGAACAGCAUAAUUCACCGCUUAGAGAAAGCCGCUAGCCGAGAGGAACCCAUCGAAUGGGAGUUUUGAGAUUAAAUUAACCCUGGUUCCAACAAGCUGGGGAAACAAAACUGGACCUUUCACUGGUUAUAUCCUGUCGCGCACUUAUCGCCCUGCAGGCCACAGGGCAAAAACGCCAUAGGCCAAGGUGCAUAUAGAAUACAAAAGGAGCAUUAAGCCCAUUUUUUUCUUGUGUUUUUGGAGGACAAAAACUGAUAUCUGUAGUCAAGCUUUUUGUACCCUGAAGUGUUUUUACUAUUGCCCUAAGUGAUUUUCACACUUUCUGGAAUAACUCUUACAGCUUUGCCUUGUGCCCACCUUUUCAGUGUGGGCUUAAAAAAUAACAAAAAAAAAAACUUACAAAAAAAAAACAACAAAAGAAAGAAAAAAAAUUAAUGAACCCACACCAUUUAUGGGGCUUUUUAUCUGCCAUGUAAUGGCUGCAGAGCGAUAAUACACUAUGUUCUUCUUGUACAAGGAAAAGGAGGAGAUUUUUUCAGGAAAUUGUUUUAUUUUAGAUUUUUUUCCUUUUUUUGGUUUUGUAGCUGUUUCAGUUGCCACUAAGAGAUUGCACAGUCAACUGACUCUAAACACACUAGUUUGGAUUCCUAUUUUCAAGAAAAAAAAAGAGAAAAAACCCAUGCUUGGAACUUCGAAAUAAAACACACAUCCACUCCACUUGUUUUCUAACAAAACUCACAUCAGGAAAAAAAAAAUCUUACUUUGUGGUAGCUGACGUAGUGUUUUCUUGUUAGUGGGAUAGAACCUAGUGCACAUUGUUUCAUAGCUUUAACCAAUUCUGGUCUUUUCCUGGCCAGAAUUUGUUUAUUACACUCCAUUUUAGGCCAAAUCAGGACAAAUGAUCUGAAUUUAGGUAUUUUGUAAUCUGCUUUUUAACCUCUAACCACAGAGCACGCUGAUCAGACCUCAUAUUUUGGAGGGUAAGGGGUACAAGUUGGAAUGGUUGCCAUGGCUCCAAUGAGUCAACUUAUUUCCUGAAGAAAAUAUUUGUUGCUCUGCAUCACUGAAGGAUAAGUAAGAGAAAAUAGAUUUAAUUAGCAUAAUACACUGCCAGAGGCAGACCCUUACAUGUUUUUUUAAGUUACAUAAAGGCUUUCUUUGCUCUGAUAUAAUAAAAUGUAAAUAGACAAAUAUUAAACCAAAAUCACAUUAAAUACAAUUUAAUUUGUAGUUUUUCAUUUUCUAAGUCAGUUGAAAUCCAUUCCAAUUUGUACCCUUUCCUUCCAUGUUGUCGAUAUGUUUGUGUGAGAGUAACGAAGUGUGAGAAUAACCGUGUAUGCAAUUUUAUAAGUCUGUGUAUUUUCCUAUGUUAUUGUGCACACAUAUGAGUGCAUUACUGCCACCUUUUUUCCAAUAAGCUGGUUUAUCUGUUAUGGCUUCUACAAGUUUUGCUGAACUAGACUCCUUUAUCGCCAUAUCUUAAAAACUAACAAUAGAUGAUUUCAGUAUAUAUAUAUAUUUUUUUUGCUUAUUUAUAGGUGCUGUAUUUUAUUAUCUGAUUGUUAGGAAGGGAUGAAACAGGGCAAAAUAUUCUUUAGAGGGAUAGACUGCCGGCAGUAUUGGGUAUAAUUUACAAGAUGUAGUUGUCAUACUGUAUAUUAUUGAUUUGAAGAUUUUUUUUGACCUUAUUGUGUAUCAUUGAAACAUUUUGUCUUAGGUCAGCAUCUUUCGAUGACGUUAUUUGGUGCAUUCGUUACUUAAGGUUUAAUAAUAUUACUAUUAUUUUUGUUUUCCUCUCUCUCAUGGAGGAAUUGGGGGUAUUUUUUUUGUUGUUGUCUUGUUUUUUUGUUUUUUUUUAAUCAUGCCCCUGUACUAAAACUCAGUGAGCUUAUAUUAUUUAGUAGAACAGUGCAAGGCGCAGAACCACAUUUCUUUACAAGGUCGUUGUCAGAAUGCUAUUCAAAUAUGUCAUUCUUCAGGGUUUCAAAAAUUCCAUUUUUGAAGAACCAAAAGUUUAAAAUAAACAAAAAAAAAGACUCUAGGAGGCAAAAAAAGGCUUUUAUAGAAUCCUGAAAGGUUAUUGCUUAGUUUGAUUUUUUGCAUUUUACUUUUGUGUUGUGUUUUAUUUUUAGGUCUAGAAGAGAACAUUUUUAACUGUUGGAAACUAUAAUUGCCAUUCCAUGUUCUACAUAAUUGGUAUCAGUUUUAGAGCCAGAAACCUUGUCCAUUUCACAUAUCAUUUCAUAACUUGGUCAGUUAGGUAGCACUUUCUUUAGAAGUGGGUUAAGGUUUAUUCUAAUAUAAAGCACUGAGGUGUUCCUCUGCAAGCACCAUUUAGUUGCAAUCAGGCUCAGCUAGGAAAAUUACAUAGUAUUACUACUGAGAACAGUAGGGUUCUUUCUUUUAUAGAAAGUGCCUUCUUUUGUUAUGGCAUAGCACAUUAUCAGAGGUUAUUUUAGUUGGCUGAUAUCCAUCUUCAUGUUAUCCUCCUUUCACAGUGAGCCCCCAGGCACUUUUAUGUUUUCCUGUAUCACAUGAGUCUAUGUGUGGGACCUACAGUUCCCAAUCCCACUUGGCUUCUGCCCUUCUUGCAGCAUCUUGGACUGCUUGCAUACUGAUGACUACCCUUACACACUUUACAGUACUUUGUCAAGGUACCAAGGGCACCACUCAUUGUUUUUAUUUAGGAAGACUGCUUAAUGCUGGCACUAGAUAUAAAAUGAAGAAUAAAAGCUUAAUUGUCAUACACACAUGGUGUAUUACAGCUGGCAGAUAACAAACACCCAAUAACCCCCAUGACACCUGCCAUUGGCAUAACUUGAAAUUAAAAAAAAUCUGCCCCUAAGAGGCAACUUCUGUCUUCACCCUUCUUUUGUGCUUAAUAAAUCUCAAAUUAAGGAUAAGAUGUAUGAUUCUUUGCUUGAAUCUGGGUAAAAACAUAAAUUCAGAAGUUAUAAUAAAUCUGGCCCUAAGUAUGCUAUUAGCCUUAUAGCCAUUUGAACAGACAUAUAUUAAAGAUCAGAGUGUGCUAUUAUUUGUGUGUAGUUAUAGUAACAAGUUAUAAAAGAUAGGUUUUUACUAUUCCUUUGUAAUCUUGCAACAGAAAAAAGGUCAGUAAUAGUUGUUUUGUUUUUUUUGUUUUUGUUUUUUUUUUUUAUAAAGUACUUUUCCUUUUAAUGUUGGCUUAUGCAGUAACAUCGGUAAAAAUUUGUCCCAGUGCAGUUAUCAACCAGACAUUUGUUUUCAACAUUCUAACACAAAGAGAUCAAAUAAAAUUCCUUAUUCUUUCAUAUUUCACCUUUUAAUUUUCCACUUCUCCUGUCUUAUGUAAAUUAUAAACUGUCUAAGAAACUUUUUCUGGUUAUCUUUUAUGGGAGAUCUUUGCCUUAUCAAGCUUAAUGGUCUUGCCAUACAAGCCAAAUGUAGCAAGAGACUCAGAUUUGUUAAUGUAAUUAGAAACUGUAUUACUAAAUAACUUUGUAGAAUGAAACAUGCAGCUUUGUAGCUGCUACAUAUCGCUAUCUAAUACAAGGGCCAGACAUGUAGACUUUUAAAUAUAAAUGAAGCAAUGGGAAAGUCUUAGCCGAGACGUUCAUGGGAGAGGAGUUUGGGCAGCAUUUUCUGUGACACUCAGUCACGCUGGGAGAAAUUAAAGUCCUUCUGUCCAUUGCAGAUCUAUAGUCUGCCUAGAAUAUUAAACACGGCCUAUUCAUGGGAGCCUUCCUGAAAUAUCAGCAGUGACUUUUGGGGGAUUUUACUCCUCCGCCAGCACCAAACCAGAGCUAACUUGGGCAGCACUUUACCAAAAGUAUUUGUGGCAAUAAAACAUUGAUAAAAUGUUUGAAGACACAAGUGCAUUAUAAUGGCAAUUGUAUCCCGCAAAAUGCAAAGUCCUUUUUCUGGUUUGUGCCUAAUAAAUGCAGAGAGACACUUGACAAAUGUAAAUUUUUUUCCUAUGGAACAAGCUACAUUGGAAAUUUUCCAUAAAUUCAAUUUAUGCUAAUGCCACAGGGAGCUGAUUCUCAGCCUGCAGAAAAAUGCAGGCUGAGAAUCUGCCCAUAAGCUAGCAUCAGCCUUUUCCUGUACCUGGAACCAUUGCGUGGCUCAGGUGCAGAUACACAGACUGGAUUUUGGUGCAGAAACGUGCAAAUAUGCAUUUUGGAGCUGAAAUCCAUUCUGUGUUGCUUGCAUUUGAUGCAAUGCAGUGGCUCUGAGUGCCGGCACAAGGAGAGACUAAUGCCAGCGUAGGGGCUGACUAUCGGCCUGCGUUUAUCUGCAGGCCCAGAAUCAGCCCUGUAUGGCAGUAGCCUUAUUCUUUGGGAAAAACACACAACACAAUUAUAACUGUAACAGUUUUUAAAACUUAACUAAAGUGAUACUCGUGACUUUUAAGGAAUUUUCCUUAAAAACCCUAAUUAAGCAAUAUAUAUUCUUUGUUGUAAAAGAGAUCAGGUUUUCAUAUAAUAACUUUGGAAGUUCUGUACUCUGUGUUUAAUUAAAUUAUGCCUUUUUGUCUCAAUUUAUUCUAUUGCAGUUUAAUACGAAAAGCCAUUUACGAGAUGUAUAUGCAAAAAUUCCAAAAACUUGACAAAAGUUGGUUGCGUGUAAUUGCUAUUGAAUUUAUGUCAAGGUUAUUAAUCAUUUUUUAACCUGGGUAUUACCCAUAUUAUCAAAAUAAGGAGAAAUAAAACAAAAAAAGAGCACCCACAAUUGCACCACCCCACUACUAAAGCAAAAAUAUAUAGAGGAAAUCCAUACUUCUUAUUGAUCUUAUUUCUAUUUGGGGUACAGCCCAUGCUAGCAUUUAACUUUGAUUCAGAGAAUUUCCCAUAGACAACAAUUAUAACUAAAGUUUUCCUAAAAAGAAAAAUUUGCAACUUUUAGAUUCUGGAUUUUUAUAGAAUGCUGGAAAACUUGCUGCAGUUUUGCCAAAGAUUAUACUGAUAUAUGUAUAAACACAUUCCAGGCAUAUUUAUUUUGAAGGUGUCCGUCCCUUCAGUAUAAUAGCGUAGAGAGAGAGUAGUACAGCUCUACUACUGUUCCAACCUAUAUAGUUUGGUUAUUAUGUUCAGAAUUAAUGCAAGUUUGUGUAACAUUUUGUUUAUUAUAGUUGAAAGAAUAUUUAGGCUAAUGUAGAAAAUUAACAGUUUUGCACCUGGUUCUGUUUGUAAAACACUGACUUACAUAACCCCAGUAGUUAUCUAAUAAAUAGUCACUCAUUGAGUUCCAUAAAAAACGUUACUACAUUUUACAGUAUAUGAUAUGAGAAAAAGAUCAAGUGAGGCCCACCAAGUUUGCACUUUUGUCACACUAUUGGCCCAAACCUCUCCACACUCUUGGUAGCAAAAAAUCAAAUAAAAAAACCUAACACCCAAGGUUUAAUGGAUCAGCCAAAGUGCUCAUUAUGAAAAGUGGCAUAUCAAGGUACUUCCCUGCACCCUAUCCAACAUCAGCCUAACAGCAGUUGUAGCCAGGCCCAUAUUACUGACUAUUACAUAAAAAUGUGCCUUAACACAUUGUUUCCUAAGACAUAUCAUGUUUUAACACAGUAAUGUGUGUUAUAACAAAAAUUAGACAUUUUUGUUUAUCUGUCCAAGAACUUAGGCAGGUUGUUAAUAUCAAAUCCUUAGAAGCUAUGGGAUGUUAAAGUUCAGCAACAGCCUUAAGUCUGCAGACUGGUUUCUAGGGUAAACUUCUCCAUCAGCUAUAGAAUCACCCUUUGUACAUCCAUGCUCUAAAACAGUGAUCCCCAAUCUUCACCCCUUUGAAGCUGAUCCCAAUAUCCUCAAAGCAAGUGCUCAUUUUUAAAUUUCUGACUAUUAGGCAUACAGACACAAGUUUACCUCCGAAAACAGCCCCAAGUAGUCAGUCACAGUCCUUACUGGGCAACCCCCAGGGAAUAUUUCCAUGCUUAUGUGGCUCCUCAACACUUUUGACAUUUGAAUGCAUCUCAAGUAUAAAAAAAAUGUUUGGGGACCCCUGUUCAAAGCAAACAAUCAAAUAUUAGAGCACUACAUCCUCCUUAACAUGAUAUAUCCGGCAGUAUAAUCAGUUAUUUAUAGAUAUGUUAUACUGGUUUGUACAGUUAGAAACACAAGGAUUACUCUGUAUAUAUUGAAUAUACAUUUCAUUCUGUAGCUUGUUUGGAAAAGAAAAUAAUUUAUGAUUUGCUUUCCCUUGCCUGUUGCCUCCUAGAGUCAUUUUUUUAAUGAAGUUACUCAGUUUAUGUUGUGAUUGAAAAGAUUUUUAUUUCCUGCAGUGUUCAUUCUAGAAUACUUAGUUACAAUUUCAGGGCUGGCAUUAACGCAGGUAACAGGAAUACGAUACAAUGUGGAUCCUUUUAGAAGAACCUUUACAUUUUGUAUAUUUUGUUAAGGUUUAUCAGUAGGAAAUAGCACUUGUUUUCUUGAUUCCUAGAUGUUUUACAUUAUACAAAGUGUGCAUGUACUUUCAUUAUACCAGUUUUCAUUUGUCAUAAAUGGGGUAUCAGUUAAAGAGCCACUGCACCCUCAAUUUCUAGCAUACUGUGCGGGAAUACAUAAAAUUAUGUUAUCUCUCUGUUCUGGCUUGAAGAAAACCUAAGGAGUUGUCUUUGUUAUGAAGAAUGCCAUUUUAUUGCUCCAUUUUGGUUGGCCAGACCCUUGUGAUAUCAUAGAAGGCCCCUAGACUGUUAGGCAGUACCCUUUUUGGCUUCUUGUUAUGGGAGUAGAGCACAAUAAAAGCCUAAGAAAGGUUAUAUUGAGCUUGUGGCCAGAGGGACAGAGGCUGAUUAGACAAGGUUAAGGUGCAAGCUGAGUCAGCCGGACCCUCACAGAAGCUUGGGGAAAAAGAAGCAAAAGCAAUAUAUACACUAUAUUUCCAUUAUGGAAAUCCAUAGCAAAAAUAAACCUAGGGAAUAGUGGCCCUUAACAAUAUCUGCUGGUACUGUGCAUAACAUCACAGAACAAUAUGUGUUUCUUUUUUUUUAGUUUUGAAGCAGGAUUACAUGAUUAUGCAAUGCAAAUAUACAAAGUUGUACAAACAAUGUGCGAGUGUGGGAGACAGAAAGGGUUCAGUUUUAUGCAAGAAAGCUGGUGCUGCCUAUAUACGUGGAGUGCAGCUUUUACCCCUGGUACUGUACACUCCCAACCUAAGGCUCUCAGUCAGUGCUUUGUAGUUCAAUAACAGCUGGAGGGUUGAACAAUGCCUUUACCCAACAUAAAUACAAAAACAUGCUGUAUCUAAAUAUAACAUGUCAUUUUUAUACUAAUUAUGCUAAGGGCAUUUUCUGUCUAUGAGUGAUUUUAACUACGGGAACCAAGGGCACAACCCCCCCCCCCCCUCCCCUGCUCUAAAUGUAGCCCCCAGGACAGGCUUUCAUCAAUGCAGAUCACCUCUUGGCUAUAAUUAUGUAUUCUUAUUAGAGGAAUCUGCUGUAGAGCUGCCAUAUUGCUUGUCUUGACCAGGGCAUUUUUUGUUGACUGCACUAGCGACAGAACUCCUUCUUGUACAUGUUACAAACUGAUAGUGGACAGUUUUAAAACAUAUGGGUCAUUUUAUUAGCUAUUAUUUGUUCCCAAGCACUACUGUGCACCGCUCUUAAAAAAAAUGUAAUUAUUUGAUCAUUUGUAUCAUCUGUCCCAUAGUUUGCUUUACGUUUAGUAAAAAAAUCGUGUUACCCAUCUGUCUAGCAGACGUUCAUUCAUGUUACCCCACAACAACACAAAAGUAAGCACUCUGUUAUCAAGAGUUUUAAAAGCAACAGCCUAUUUUGGAGUGCCAUAGAGCAAGACACUGACAUAUAUAGGCAUAAAUACAAUCACCAUUUUGCUGAACAAAUAGUAUGAUAAUGUCCAGAUAUACUUAAGGUAGCAAUACGCGGGCAGAUUUAAAUUGACAAUUCAGGCCCUUUGGGCCAAUUUGGCAGCUUAUCGGCCAUGUAUGGGGCCCUCAGACAGGCCUACCUAACUAACUGGUAUCUCGCUGAAAAUCUGUGAUUUCUGAUUCCCUAAUGGGCUGUAUCCCCAUCAUUGUGAUCUGAUUGUUUGGCUCUAUGGACCUUAGAUGGGCAUAUCAUAUAUGCUUAUUUGGCAACCUCAUCAAAUGAUCGGAUCUUAAAAUGUAUGGCCAGCUUUAGAAAUAUGCUGAUACAUAAAUACGUCCUAUACUGACAGUUUGAAAAAUAUGAAAUGAAAUAGAACUUGAAUUGAACUCAAUUGAAUCUAUUUAUAUAGAAUAUUCUUUUCCUUGCCUCACAUAAGGCAAGCAUUAUGGCAGAUUCCCCUACCUUACAAUGUAACUAUAUACUGUCUAUAGAUUUAAAAAUUGGCUACACUGUUUUAAUGCAGAUGAGAGCUAGUGAUUGGCAUGAAGCUACUUUUCAGACCCAAUAUGCACAUGGAAGGUACACCCCUUAAAGCUACACAAAGUGCUGUCUCCAGCAGCCAUGAGCAAGCUAAUAUGUGACAAGCAUUGCCCAUUGGAUGAGAGUGGUGUUGCUGAGCCAAUCGGAGAACUAGACCACACUAUCACACAGCUCCUCCCUCACUGUACUGGGUUCCUUAGUGUCUCCUACAGCUGAUGUUUGGGGCCCACCAAAUCCAGCCUUGCACCAAAUAUUGUUUCACAGUAUUUCACAGUGCAGCAUUUUUAAGGCUGACAGUAUCUCAUAAGUGAAAAUUAAAUGCAAUAUACAAUAGCUUUUAAGAAAGCUAUAUUAUGUCUUUGGUUUGUAUUUCUGCUUCAAAACUAUACAGAACCCCAAGUUGAGUAAUUAGAGAACAGUGACAUUUUUCCUGUUGUUCUGCUUCCAUAAAACCUGGCUCUCCAUUCUGUCAUUCCUGUAAUACAAGCAGUUCUGCUAGGUCAGACUGAAGUUUGCAUAUCCAAAGACAAUGUUUAACCUCUAGUUAGGGGAGAAAAAAAAUUACAUUUCUUCAUGUCCCUGUUUAUUUAAUAUAAAAUUAACAAAUUAUAUUUGUGCAAUAACUACUUGCCAUUAAGAUGGGUGCAGCUUUUGAAUGCCCUGACUACUAACACAGCACAAGAUGAACUUAGACGUGAUGUACUCUUUGUUUUUUUUUUUUUCUUUUCAUUCUCUUGUUUCCUGAGAAAUUUUUGAAUAAGCUCAAUUUCCCCAAUGUAUUGUGGUGUCUGACAUUUUUAGCAGUAUUUUAUGUUUUUGCUGUAUUGCAUUAAGUCUUAGAUGUUUAUAGAGCUUGUUAUUCACAAUCACAUAUUUAAAAGAAAAUCCUCACAAAGACCCAACUGACCAAAAAAAAGUGUCAUUUUUGUACACGUAGCUUUGAGAAGCCCAUGUUGUGUUGCUGUGACUCCUCAUUUGUAGCCUUUUCUUUCUUGGUAUUUGUUCAAACAUAUAGUACAAGUUUUAUGGCUGACACCAGUGGGAACUGAUGUCUCGUCGUCAGCAGAAAGGCAUUGUUCUGUCUUUGUUUGGGUAGCCAUAAUAAUGUUUGUUCUCAGCACUGUACAACGGUCCCUAUAUGAUAUGGAGAAGCAAUAUCACUGUAUGAAUCUCACACAAUGUAUUAUUAUUAUUAUUAUUCACUAGCACCCUAGGUGUGAUAAUUGAAGUAAAUAUCUUUUAUACAAACACA